GACACAUAUUCGGUUUAUCUUCCGUCUGCGGUCACUUCCACCGUCCGCUCUAUAUAAAUACCGGACCGCGCUAGACCGCUUCCUGGUUUGCAUUAAUUUCGGAGCCGUUUUGUUUUUUAUUGGCCCGCCGAGAUGGUUGAUCGUGCAAUUUCCUCCAGACAACGGAGGGUCGGCGUGAGUAAGUGAGUGAGUGACUGAGCUAGUGCAGGGCCGUUCUGUGACUUCUCCUUCCGCAUCCGCAGCCAUGGACUUCUUGGACGCGGAGGACAUCUACUUCGAGAUCGAGGAAGAGUUCAACGUAGCCUUGAGAAGGAGGGACAGCGCUCCGGUUUCUGCGGUGGCUGCGAAGAAGGAAUGGGAGGACUAUUGGGCAUGCGAGCAGUCCAUAGCCAGCGCAAGAGCGAGCGUCAUGAUCUACGACGACGUCAACAAGAAGUGGGUGCCAUCAGGCACGUCGUCGGGCCUGUCCAAAGUCCACAUCUACCAGCACACGGUACAGCAGACGUUUCGGGUUGUCGGCAGGAAGCUUCAGGAUCACGAGGUCGUAAUCAACUGUGCCAUUCUAAAAGGACUGAAGUACAAUCAAGCCACGGCCACUUUCCACCAGUGGAGAGACAAUAAGCAAGUUUACGGGUUAAAUUUUAGUUCCAAAGAAGACGCCGAUUGUUUCGCCAGGGCAAUGUUCCACUCGUUAGAAGUACUUAGCAACAUAGUGAGGCCACCGCCUCAGCCACAAUACGCGCCCCCGAUGCAGCAGCUCCAGCAGAUGCCGCAACAGCCCGUUCAGAUCCAGAUGCAACAGCAACCCCCCCAGCCCCCCCAGAUGCCCCAGCAAAUGCCCCAACAGAACCAGUACGACGAAGACAUGGGCUACCGUACCAUGACGAGAGAGGACGUCGCCAUCCUCCAGGAAAGGAGGAUAUCGACAAACGUCAUAUCGCCCCAGCCCACCUCUCCCAUGACCCCGCAACAGAACAACGUUCCCGCGCCACCCGCCAUGCCAGCGGGCGCGCCCAGUCCGGUGUCGCCACCUCAGGGAGCCCCCGGCGCUAGAGACGGGCAUCAGCGCACCGUGAGCGCCCCACCCGCUCCGCCGCCGCCUCCGGGGCCGCCCGUGGGACCCGCCGCGGCUCCCCCCCCGCCACCACCACCACCCAUGAACAUGUCCCGGUCGCAGAGUAGCGACGGGGGUGAGGUGAAUUCUUUGGCGGCGCAAUUGCAGAACGCCAGGCUCAAACGGAACAAUAAGAAUACCCCGCCGCCGACCGAAAACAGCGGAUCGUCGACGAGUAGCGGGGGUAGUAGCAAUUACGGGACGUUGGGAAGGGGAGGGGGCGGCAGCAUGGCUUCCAUGAUGGACGAAAUGGCCAAAACUUUGGCUAGGAGGAGGGCGGCGGUGGAGAAAAAGGUGCCCGACAAGGACGACGAAGAUAAAAAGGCCGCCAUCUGGGAGAAGACCAACACUCUGCCGAGCAGCACGUCGAAGUUCAACUCGGAAUCGCCGAAGAGCGUGAGGAAGCGGUUCGGCUCGGCCUCCGAGGAAACUAUACUGAAAGUGAACGGCCUAUCCGAGGUGGGCAGCCUUUCGCUCGGACCCACGGAAAUCGAAAGCCUCAAGAAUUACUUGGUCACGGAAAUGAGGAAAGAGUACGCUAAAAUGAAGCAGGAAAUUAUAGACGUAAUCAAAUCGGAGCUGAACAGGAGGUAAUUUACUAUACGCGCCCGGGAACCGCAGAAGAAACCACCGACUCGUCGAAGCUACAUGUUUUUUGUAUAAUUUUUACACACGAACCAGACUCUAUAUAUAUAUAUGUGACAAUUUGUAACAAAUAUUAACAUUAAGUAAUAAAACGUCGAUAGGUACCGAACGUAAGCAGUGUACGUUGUUGUGGAGAAAAAGGGGGAUUUAUAAUCAAUGUCUCGCAUCGGCUGUCCCGUACAUUUGAACUACUUAUAUCUAAAGAAAUCACUUAGGUAGGUAAAUUUUUUAUAUGACAAAAACGAGUCGGGGCGUUUUCCAGUCACGACAGACUACGGGACGUUUGAACUACCGGAUAUGAUUCCGUGUUUUUUCCUCGACGUAUGCAAUUUUUUUGGUUUUACGAGCUAUUCGGAGUGGUUUCGUGUAAAUUGUAGAGCUGUCCGGGUAGUUCUCUCGUCCGGUAGUUCGUUUACGUUCUUGAACUGGAACGCGCCCCGGCACAGUACUGGAUGGCUGAGAAAUUUAAAUAAAAUGCUAUAUAGAUGUCGUGAGAAACUAGAGCACUUUUUUUUAUUUUAUAAGUUCUAACAUAGUAUUUAUUUUAAUAUUGUAUAAGUUAUAUUAUUGAAUAUUUAGUGAUUCCUAUGCCGCGCUGCGGCGAGGGAGGGAUUACCGUUUGUUUUUAUUAAAAAAAAAACGGAUGAAAAUAAAAUAACCAUCAUGUUUAUUCGGUUUUUAUUAUGUUCGACUUUAAUCUGAAAUGAAUUAUGAAUUUUGUACAAAUUUUGUCGUAGAAAAAGAAUAAAAGUGAAACUGACGUUACUUUCGAAUCAAAAAUAGAACCACAAAAAUCAAAACCGCAUACGGGGAAAAUUUAAAAAAAAUUGUUAUAUACAGAGUGCAGCUAAAACACUGGGCCAGACUUUGAUUGCAAGUACCGAUCUUAAUAAUUUGUUUUUCUACCUGAAUAGAAAUUGCGUCCUUGAAAUAUUUAGGGACCAAAUAAUAACACAUUUAAAAAGCGACUGAAAUUAUUUCAUAACCUCCGAUUCAUUGUGUCGACUCUACCAGAUGUGAAGUAAUUCUCUGUACGUGAAGUAUGUAUCUCUGGACGUGAAACAAUAUUACAUUUAAGAGUGAAGUAAUUCAUGACUGCUAAUCAUUUUCUUCAGCUAUAGCAGACGUGAAGUAAUGGUCGACGUAAUGAGUACAUUUAAAAAGUGAAGCAGUUACCUGACAACCACUGAAUUAUUCUGUCCGACUAUGACAGUUGUGCGGUAAUUGUGUUUGUGAAGUACUUGCAGACACGUACAGUAUUUAAAAAGUAACUCAAUUACUUCAUGACUCUGUGAUGUAAGUCCGUGAAGUAUUUGUGAACGUAAAAUAAAAUGUGAAAUUAAUUCCGUGGAGUAUUUGUGAACGUAAAAUAAUACAACUUAAAAAGUGAAUCAAUUACUUCAUUGCUGCCGAUUCACUUAGUCCGAUUAUAACAGGUGUGAAGUAAUUGAGCCCAUUUUGGACGUAAAAUAAUAUAACAUCCAAAAAGUGACGCUUUUCGUCUGGAAAUGAAUUCGUAAAGCUGCUUUUAACGCUGAAGUCUACAGAAAAAUAUUUUUAGGUAGUUUUACCGCUACUGUUUGUUUCGAAAUUAAAAUAAAUUUUACACAUCUUGUGUCACAAACAUUUUGGUUACACCCUGUAUAAAACGAAAGGAAGAACUGUUCAAAUGAGAACUUCCGUUGGGACAUUUUCUACUCCAUUCUAUAAAACACUUAAUUCUUAUUUUAAAAGGGAGUAUGUAUAUUUUUUGUAUGAAACGACAGGACCGUACAAAAUAAAAACGCAAAGUCAUUGCCCUCCCUGCGCUGCGCGGCGCCCUGUACAUAAGUUUUUAGCUUAGGAAACUUCCAUGGACAAUUUCGUCAUAUUCAUCAGAAAACUUGUUUUCCUCUUUUCGCGAUUCGCCACGCUAUCGCUUUAUUCACGGGUCUGUCGAGUGGGACCCCGACAAAAAUCAAAAUUAGUAACUUAAGUGGGGUUAUAUUUUUUCCGGGUUGAGCAGACGAUUGUGCCAAUUCGUGUUCGUUCGGGGGGUACGUGAAUUAAGCGGUAGUUAAAUUUUUAUUGUAUAUGAUAACGAGAGAAAAUAAUGGUUAUGUAUAAAUAUAUAGACUCCCCGGUGGGUCGUAUAGGGAAGCUUGCUAGUUUAGUGU